CUAAUGUCAAUGAAGAAAAGGAGCAUGGCUGGACAGCGUUUCCUGCUUCACAUUGCCCUCGCUGCUUUGCUUGGGUGGGCUUCGCAGGCCCAGGAUGAGACGACCACAGAGAUGGACAUGCAGCUGGCCAAUCAGACGACGGACCCCACAGUGACCUCAGUGACAGCAGAAGGAGCUGUGGCACUGAGCUCACCUGCAGGAGAGGUGGAAGAGGAAACUGUCCCGCCCAUGGGGACCCGUUGCCAGGGCUACUAUGAUGUGAUGGGCCAGUGGGAUCCGCCCUUUAACUGCACCGCGGGCAUCUUCCUGUACUGCUGUGGCACCUGCUUCUACCGCUUCUGCUGCCAGUUCCGUCAGCAGCGGCUGGACCAGACCUCGUGCUCCAACUACGACACGCCCAUCUGGGCCAACACAGGCAAACCAGUGGCCACCAUCACUGAGGGGCAGUCUGAUCACGAGCGGGACCGCACCCAUAUGAUCGUCUAUAUCAUCUGUGGCGUGGUGGCCAUCAUGGUCCUGGUGGGCAUCUUCACCAAGCUAGCCCUGGAGAAGAGCCGAGGGGGUCAAAAUGACCUCAGUAACUCCAGGACUCUGCAGGAGCUGCUGAAGCAGCCAGGUGGAGAGCUGACCCCUGUGGACGGAGCCGCUAGCAGCACCUCCCCCACUGGAGCCAAUGGUGUCUCGGCUAGGAUGCUACGCAGCCGCAGUGAGCAGUAUCACCUCAACAACACCACCUUCUCUUCCUUUAGCCCCACAGUCGGGCUCCCUCAUCCCCAAAGCAACAUCAGCCUGCCAGGCCUUGCACUCAACAAGUACACCUCACUGAAGGCUGUGGCGGACACAGCUGCAAGAGGUUACUACAAGAGUUAUCCACUCAUGGACUUCUCUCAGUACCAAACACCACCUGCAACUUUCCAGCCCAUUCCACUGCACCCCAAGGACAAGUCUUAUUUGCAUCAGGAAAAGUCCUACAUGCAUCAGGCGCUUCCACCCCAUGACAUCCACUCUCCCCUUUCCAUUUCAAUCCCCAGCAGCCACCUGGAGCGGACCCGCAUCCCAAAGACCACCACUCACCCCCUGCUCUCUGGAUCAGCCUUUAAAGCCUGGGACUCUGGGCCCAGACACGUUCCCCAGCAGACCUCGCACCCCACUCACACUGGUCGCCGGCAGACCUACGACGACGGCAGGAGGCAGUACAGCACAGAGACGCUGCCUGAGCUUUUACCACAACCCGUGACCUACGGAGGACCUUCGUCAUACCAUUACGCUCUCAAACAGAAGACCUACCAGACCAACAGCAAGACAGAAGUCACUGUCUGA